AAGGAGAGCGAGAGCUGCCUCAAAUGCUUGAAAUAAUUCCGCUUCCGUUUGGAAAGGGGCAGCUUCAGUCUCCGCCGCCGCCGCCUGCCCUGCCGCCUUCUCCUUCGGUGCGCCCCAGUCGGACCCGGCCCGGCUCUCCCUGAACUCCGCUCUGCGCUCCCCGCCAUGGCAACCUCCCCCCAAAAGUCGCCCUCGGCCCCCAAAUCUCCAACCCCAAAGUCUCCCCCGUCCCGGAAGAAAGAUGACUCCUUCUUGGGGAAACUUGGAGGAACUCUGGCCCGGAGGAAGAAAGCCAAGGAGGUUUCUGACCUUCAGGAAGAAGGGAUGAAUGCCAUCAAUUUACCUCUCAGCCCAAUUCCCUUUGAGCUGGAUCCUGAGGACACCAUGCUAGAGGAGAAUGAGGUCCGAACAAUGGUGGACCCAAAUUCACGGAAUGACCCUAAACUUCAGGAACUGAUGAAGGUAUUAAUUGACUGGAUUAAUGAUGUUCUGGUUGGAGAAAGGAUAAUUGUGAAAGACUUGGCUGAAGAUAUGUAUGAUGGACAAGUCCUACAGAAGCUUUUUGAGAAACUCGAAAGUGAGAAGUUGAAUGUUGCCGAGGUCACCCAAUCUGAGAUCGCCCAGAAGCAAAAGCUCCAGACUGUGUUGGAAAAGAUCAAUGAAACACUUAAACUGCCCCCGAGGAGCAUCAAGUGGAAUGUUGACUCCGUCCAUGCCAAGAGUCUUGUGGCAAUCCUGCAUCUUUUGGUGGCUUUGUCCCAGUAUUUUCGAGCCCCAAUCCGACUCCCGGACCAUGUUUCCAUCCAAGUUGUGGUGGUUCAGAAACGGGAAGGAAUCCUCCAGUCUCGGCAAAUCCAAGAGGAAAUAACUGGUAACACCGAGGCUCUAUCAGGAAGGCAUGAGCGUGAUGCCUUUGACACCCUGUUUGACCAUGCUCCAGACAAGCUCAAUGUGGUGAAAAAGACGCUCAUCACCUUUGUGAAUAAGCACCUGAAUAAGCUGAAUCUAGAAGUCACAGAACUGGAAACCCAGUUUGCAGAUGGAGUAUACUUGGUGCUGCUCAUGGGCCUCUUGGAGGGCUAUUUUGUGCCUUUACACAGCUUCUUCCUGACACCGGAGAGCUUUGAGCAAAAGGUUCUUAAUGUGUCCUUUUCCUUUGAACUGAUGCAAGAUGGAGGGCUGGAAAAACCAAAGCCAAGGCCAGAAGAUAUUGUCAACUGCGACUUGAAGUCCACCCUUCGAGUACUUUACAAUUUGUUUACCAAAUACAGAAAUGUGGAAUGAAGAAAGAAAGAACCUGGAUUGGGGGGAUGUCCCAGUGAUUCACUUCACACCUCUCCUCAUGGUUCGCCCACACCUGCCUCCCUGAGCUGAGGCAGCUAACCAGGCGAGGGACCCCUAAUUGCAAUGAACUCUACUCUCACCACACUGAACACUAGCUGGGAUUAUUUACUGUAACUCAGAGAAACUGUGUAAUUAAAUUUUUGGAAGGAAAUGAUUAGAUAUUUACUGAAAACCUGGCUUAGAUUCCAAAAGAAUAUCUAGUUUUUAAAAUAUAUCCCAGUCUUUUUUAAAGAAUUUAACUAUGAUUAUUAUUCCCCUUUUUUCCCACCCAUUUCAGCACUGGAACUCAUUAAGAAGUAGAGGUUUUGAAAGACUAAAACAAAAUGCAAUUAGUGAUGGAUGGGUGGUGGGCUCUCCCUUUAGACCAGGACUUCUUAAACUCUUUCCACUCUCAAGAUCUGUUCACCUGAGAAAUUUUUACGUGACCCGGAAUAUAGAUAUAUAAAAUAAGUAUACAAAUCAAACAGUUACUGAUAAUGAAUCAUAAUUUCACAACUCCCACAUUUAGUUACACACCAAAAUUUGUGUACUCUGAAUGGUUUCACAAUCCAGAGUUUAAGAGGUGUAGCUCUAGUCAAUAUUUAUUUGGCAUUUAUUUGUUUUUAACCCAAAAAAGAAAAAGGCAGCAUUCUAUAGUAUAUAAAGAGCUAGCCUUGGAGUCAAGGAGAAACAGAUUCAAGUCCAACCUUUAUCACAUUCCAGCUGCAUGUUGAGGUACCUGAAGGAUCAUUUAAUCUCUGAGAACUCUCAGGCAACUUUCAAGGCCUCUGAGUUACAAAUGAGAUGCCAAAUUGCAACAGUGGAAGAAUUUCUAUGCCAGCAAUCCCAUACAUUGAAGAUAUCACAGAUCCAAGCCAAGAAAAAAAAUCUAUUCGGAUAUAUUUUUUUUCCAAACUUCCUUUCUUUCUUCCUAAGUCAUUUCAGAAGGAUGGAGUGUUUGUUAGGUUAGUGGAAACAAAUUCCAUCAGGAUGCUUUGGGACUGAGGGGUCCCCACAGAAAUUGAAAAUUUAAAAUUUAAACCAAAUCAUGCCUCAGAUACUUUUUACAAACUGAAAUGACUCAAUUCCUUUAGAUUGAUAAUAAUAAUGUGAGACCUAGGUUUAAAUGUAACUUUUGGGUAAAUUCUGGAGAUCAUUUUUCUUCUUUAUAACUUGUAUUGGAAAAGCCCUAUAUUUUUCUUCCAACUAAAUACCCAAUUCACCAUAGUUGGAAAAACACACAGGAACUAUGGAAUAGAAACAAACCAUCCCUUCAUUUCCCAGAAAGCAAGACCUUUAGGAGGGAUCCUUGAACUUUUAAACAAACAAAAAAAAAAUCCUUCUCACCUACUUCCUAAAUGAUCAUUAAGGCCAUUACUGGCCAAGGACAUCUAGCAGUAAUUACCAGAGACUUCGGGUGAGGAGAAGGGAAGUUAUUUAGACCAAAGCUUAGUAGUUUUCUUGAUCUGAAUUGUUUUGGUGCCUUGGGAUGACAUGUAGCCUGAGCCCAGGGAAGCUGAUAGCUUUGUUGUAUAGGGAGAGCAAUAGUACCUGUGUGUUUGGAAGGGAGAAGGGGAAGGCUACAUAUCUUCAAUAUAAGAGAAAAUAUGUAAUAGAAAAAAUGCUCAAUGUAUAUAACCAUCCUGCUGUGGUGCUUAUGGAGUUUUUAAAUGAACUAAAUACAGUCAGAUAAAUAGCCCAUGUGUCAUUUAUAUUGUCUUUGCCUUAGAGAUGCUAGAAAUAUCACAGAGAAUCAGAGAAAUGGUCUGUUGCCCUCUCCCUCCUACCAAGAGGUCUACGGCUGCCCUGUUCUUGCUUUAGGCCCAUUACACAAGUCUGUCUCUCUUAUUAGCUUCCAAAGGGUCCACUGGGAUAUAAAUCCAUACUAAACAAAAAAGGGACUUGGCCUGACCAUGCUUAAGCCUUUGGAGAUGAACUUGCUGGUCUUCCUCACCACAUGGUUUUUUAAAAAGCAGUAAUUCAAAAUGAUUGUGUUUCAGAUGCAUUAUGUGAUAUGGGGGAUCAGUUUAUUGCUAAAGAAUUAUUUUCUAGUUAAAGUUGUAAACUCUCCAAGAUGCAAAGGGGACAAGGUCCCUUGAGGGCAUUUAUCUAAGAAAGGCAAUUCUGCGAAUAAUUUGUGACAUUAUGUUUUUAAAAUUAUGUUCAUGCUCAAUAUUUUAUGGUUUCUGCUUGCUUUCUUCCUUUUGGUUCCUGGUAGUAAAUUCAGAUAAAUAAUUGUUUUCUCUGAGUAAUACUGAAAAUGCUUUUUAAAAAAAUAAGAGGACUGUAUUCAUUUCUAAAUGCUUUGCUAGGAGAAUUUUACCUCUCCUAAAAAAAAGAAAAAGAAAAGAAAGAAAUUGCAUCCAAGCAGCAAUUGAUAAAUAUUCUUAUUUAGAUUGA